ACGUGCUCCCAUCCGGACAACUUCAUCCCAUUCCAACAAACACCCGAACCGCUCGCAAGGUCCAGGUGAAGAACGCCCCGACCCAAUCCCGCUUCUCGUGGAGAACGGAUAUUUUUGCGGCUCCUCUUUGCUCGUGCAGUGCCUAGCAAGUGUUACCAUUUCUAGCUUCUAACUUUCUCAAUCGACUUGAGACAACUUCCUGCAGCUUCCAACACCAUGAAAGGCGAAGUCCUUCAUCUUCAUCUCGGCCAGGCUGGUACCCAGCUGGGAAACAGUGCUUGGGAACUUUACCUUCUUGAGCACGGGCUUGGUCACGACGGCAAGCCGGACCCGAAUGCGAAGGACAUCGCGGAGGGCGGUUCAUUCGAGACCUUCUUCACCGAGACCAGCGGUGGCAAAUACGUUCCCCGCUCUCUCUUCGUCGACCUGGACCCGUCACCCAUCGACGAGAUUCGGACCGGUGGCUAUCGCCAGCUUUUCCACCCCGAGCUUCUGAUCAGCGGCAAGGAGGAUGCAGCCAACAACUAUGCUCGUGGUCACUACACGAUCGGCAAGGAGAUGGUCGACAAUGUCAUCGAGCGCAUUCGACGUGUUGCCGACAACUGCAACUCUCUCCAGGGCUUCUUGAUAUUCCAUUCCUUCGGUGGCGGUACCGGUUCCGGCUUCGGUGCCCUACUGCUUGAGCGUCUGUCUACCGAGUACGGGAAAAAGUCGAAGCUAGAAUUCGCAGUUUAUCCGGCCCCACGCGUUUCGACGGCUGUCGUUGAGCCCUACAACGCUGUGCUCUCCACCCACAGCACCAUCGAGAACUCGGAUUGUACCUUCCUGGUCGAUAACGAGGCUGUCUAUGACAUUUGCCGCCGGAACCUCGACAUCCCGCGUCCCAGCUACGAGCAUCUCAACCGUCUCAUUGCUCAGGUCGUCAGCUCCAUCACCUCCUCCCUGCGCUUCGACGGAGCGCUCAACGUCGAUCUGAACGAAUUCCAGACCAACCUGGUUCCUUACCCACGUAUCCACUACCCGCUGAUCAGCUACGCUCCGGUCAUAUCUGCCACCAAGAGUGCCCAUGAGAGCUUCAAGGUCCAUGAUCUGACAUUCCAAUGUUUCGAGCCUAACAACCAGAUGGUUGUCUGUGACCCGAGAAACGGCAAGUACAUGGCUGUGGCUCUGCUGUACCGUGGCGACGUGGUCCCGCGUGACUGCAACGCGGCGGUUGCUGCGCUGAAGGCCAAGGCUUCCUUCAACCUCGUCGAGUGGUGCCCUACAGGUUUCAAGAUUGGCAUCAACUACCAGAAGCCGGUGGCUGUUCCGUCGGCCACCCCCGCUGACGGCGCCCUUGCAAGCGUUGACCGGUCCGUGUCCAUGCUGUCCAACACCACAGCUAUUGCUGAGGCUUGGUCCCGUCUGGACCACAAAUUCGAUCUGAUGUACAGCAAGCGCGCCUUCGUCCACUGGUACGUUGGCGAGGGCAUGGAGGAGGGCGAGUUUAGCGAGGCCCGGGAGGAUCUUGCAGCUCUGGAGAAGGACUACGAAGAGGUCGCUGCGGACUCGUCGUUCGAGCCUGAGGAGGGUGAGGCCGAGUACUAGGCUUGACAUGCGGUCCCGUCCGGCUGGACCCCAGGAUGCGCGCAUCAUGGUUCCGUGGUGUAUGUGGACAACUAUGAGAAGCAGGUCUGACUUCUGUUGCACGCUGAGAGAAGUGCUUUUUGUUUGAUUGGUUUGUUCCAUAACCGAGGUUUGGACUUGGACUUGGUUUUGCGCUGGGUGUGGUAACUUGUGGACAAUCAACCCACUAAGCUGAAUGAGCAGGUGCCCCGGUUGAGAUUCUGGCGAACCUACAGCUAGAGCUAGUGUAUGUCAUAUGUAACUACCUCUAUUCCCUCGCCUCCCCAUCUAGAAUUCUUCAGUACCUGGCCGUGUCUAUUCCGUCCACCUCGAUACUUCGUUCUAGGGUUUGACCAC